UAUUGCGAGUGGAGUCUUCUGUCAACCUUCGUGUCUCCGCAGAAGGGGGGCAGUACGGCGACAAAAAAUGAUCAGAAAUUACUGCAAGGUUCUCCAAAAACAUGUCCGGAAAUUCACCAUGCUCCCGCACGUUGCUACGGGUGUUCGGCAAAAGACAACAAUCCAGUAUGCCACACGGCCAGACCUGCCAAAGCUGGCCUACAGGAAGCUGACAGGGAAGAGUCCUGGAGUGGUUUUCCUGCCUGGUUUUGCCUCCAACAUGGGCGGUCAGAAAGCAGAAGCCUUGGAGGAGUUCUGCAAGUCUUUGGGCCACUCAUACCUCCGGUUUGAUUAUUCUGGCUGUGGGUCAUCUGAAGGGGAAAUGGCAAACUACAACAUUGGUGCUUGGAAGAAGGAUGUGCUCUUUGUACUGGAUGAACUAGUAGAGGGGCCACAGAUUUUGGUGGGCUCCAGCAUGGGUGGUUGGCUGAUGCUGCUAGCAGCUCUUGCGCGACCAGAGAAGACCGCUGCCUUGGUGGGCAUCUCGACAGCUGCAGAUCAUUUUGUCACAUCAUUCAAGAUGCUACCAAUAGAGACAAAGAAGGAGAUAGAGGAGCUGGGCUCUUGGAAAUUCCCAACCAAGCACAAUGAAGAGGGUUUCUACACUCUGAGCAUAAACUUUCUGAAAGAGGCAGAGAACCACUGUGUACUCCAGAGCCCACUCCCUGUUACCUGUCCAGUACGUCUGAUCCAUGGGGUUAAAGACUCUGACGUACCCUGGCAUGUCUCCAUUCAGGUCGCAGAGCGGGUACUCAGCAACGAUGUGGACGUUAUUCUUCGCAAACAUGGGCACCAUCGCAUGUCAGAGAAAGAUGAUAUUAAGCUCAUGGUGUACACCAUUGAUGACCUUAUUGAUAAACUGACCACAUUGGGGUGAGGAGGGAUGGACCAGUUGUGAUGGGAGGGGUGUCUGGAAAACCUUGUUUGGAAGUAAGGUUUUAAAUGAAGGAAGCCAAAUUAACUGAAAGGGUUAGUUGACCAAAAAAUAAAAAUUAUGUCAUCAUGUGCUCACCCAUCCUCAUGUUGUUCCAAACAUGUGUGUUUUUCUAUCUUCCAUGUAACACACAGGGAUCUGUUCUUUUGCAUACAGUGAAAGCAUAUGGGUGAUUCUUAAGAAACCUGUCUAGAAAAUGUCCUGUUCAUAUUUAACCCCAAAUAAAAUAUAUAUACUGAGUGUGUAUAUAUAUAUAUAUAUAUAUAUAUAUAUAUAUAUAUAUACACACACACACACACACACACACACACACACACACACAGAUAUAUAUAUACACACCGAUCAGCCAUUCUCUGUUGACCUCUCUCAUCAACAAGGCAUUUCCAACCACAGAACUGCCACUCAAUGUAUGUUUUUUGUUUUUGAUCAGCAGUUACAGAAAUACUCAAACCAGCCCGUCUGGCACCAACAAUCAUCCAUGCGAUUUAUCUAAUCAGCCAAUUGUGUGGCAGCAGUACAGUGCAUAAAAUUAUGCAGACACGGGUCAGGAUCUUCAGUUGAUGUUCACAUCAACCAUCAGAAUGGGGAAAAAAAUUUGAUCUCAGUGAUUUGGACCGUGGCAUGAUUGUUGGUGCCAGACAGGCUGGUUUGAGUAUUUCUGUAACUGCUGAUCUCCUGGGAUUUUUUGCUUUGGAAAUUGCUCCCAAGGAUGAAGCAAUUGGUGCCAAAAACAAAAAACAUCCAGUGAGCGGCAGUUCUGUGGAUGGAAAUGCGACCUACAUACUAUUAGGCAGGUGGUUUUAAUGUUGUGGCUGAUUGGUGUGUGUGUGUGUGUGUGUGUGUGUGUGUAGAUAUAUACAGUUGAUGCCAGAAGUUUACAUACGCUUAGGUUGAAUUCAUUAAAACUUAUUUUUUAACCACUCCACAGAUUUCAUAUUAGCAAACUACUUUUUGCAUGACACAAGUAAUUUUUCCAACAAUUGUUUACAGACAGAUUGUUUCACUUUUAAUUGACUAUAUCACAAUUCCAGUGGGUCAGAAGUUUACAUAUACUAAGUUAACUGUGUCUUUAAGCAGCAUGGAAAAUUCCAGAAAAUGAUGUCAAGCCUUUAGGCAAUUAGCCAAUUAGCUUCUGAUAGGCUAAUUGGAGUCAAUUGGAGGUGUACCUGUGGAUGUAUUUUAAGGCCUACAUUCAGAAUCAGUGCCUCUUUGCUUGACAUCAUGGGAAAAUCAAAAGAAAUCAGCCAAGACCUCAGAAAAAAAAUGUGGAUCUCCACAAGUCUGGUUCAUCCUUGGGAGCAAUUUCCAAACGCCUGAAGGUACCACGUUAAUCUGUACAAACAAUAGUACGCAAGUAUAAACACCAUGAGACCACGCAGCCUUCAUACCACUCAGGAAGGAGACGCAUUCUGUGUCCUAGAGAUGAACGUAGUUUGGUGCAAAAAGUGCAAAUCAAUCCCAGAACAACAACAAAGGACCUUGUGAAGAUGCUGGAGGAAACAGGUAGACAAGUAUCUAUAUCCACAGUUAAAUGAGUCCUAUAUCGACAUAACCUGAAAGGCUGCUCAGCAAGGAAGAAGCCACUGCUCCAAAACUGCCAUAAAAAGCCAGACUACAGUUUGCAAGUGCACAUGGGGACAAAGAUCUUACUUUUUGGAGAAAUGUCCUCUAGUCUGAUGAAACAAAAAUGUUACUGUCUGGCCAUAAUGACCAUCAUUAUGUUUGGAGGAAAAAGGGUGAGGCUUGCAAGCUGAAGAUCACCAUCCCAACCAUGAAGCAUGGGGUGGCAGAAUCAUGUUGUGGGGGGCUUUGCUGCAGGAGGGACUGGUGCACUCCACAAAAUAGAUGGCAUCACGAGGAAGGAAAAUUAUGUGGAUAUAUUGAAGCAACAUCUCAAGACAUCAGCCAUUAAGUUAAAGCUUGGUCGCAAAUGGGUCUUCCAAAUGGACAAUGACCCCAAGCAUACCUCCAAAGUUGUGGCAAAAUGGCUUAAGAACAACAAAGUCAAGGUAUUGCCCUGACCUCAGUCCAAUGGAAAAUUUAUGGGCAGAACAGAAAAAGCAUGUACGAGCAAGGAGGCCUACAAACCGGACUCAGUUACACCAGUUUUGUCUAGAGGAAUGGGCUAAAAUUCCAGCAACUUAUUGUGAGAAGCUUGUGGAAGACUACCAAAAAUGUUUGACCCAAGUUAAACAGUUUAAAGGCAAUGCUACCAAAUACUAACAAAGUGUAAGUAAACUUCUGACCCACUGGGAAUGUGAUGAAAGAAAUAAAAAUAAAUAAUUCUCUCUACUAUUAUUCUGACAAUAAAGUAGUGAUCCAAACUGACUUGUUUUCUACGAUUAAAUGUCAGGAAUUGUGAAAAACUGAGUUUAAAUGUAUUUGGUGUGUGUAUACUUCUGACUUCAACUGUAUAUACAGUAUAUAUACACACUUAAAUAUAUAUAUAUAUAUAUAUAUAUAUAUAUAUAUAUAUAUAUAUAUAUAUAUAUAUAUAUACAUAUAUACAUACACACUACCAGUCAAAAGUUUUGAAACACUUACUCAUUCUUUAUUAUAAUUUUUUUUUUCACAUUUUAGAAUAAUAGUAAAGUCAUUAAAACUAUGGAAUAACAUAAAUGGAACUAUGGGAAUUAUGUUGUGAAUAAACAAAAUCUAAAAUAAAUCAAAACUGUGUUAUAUUUUAGCAUCUUCAGAGUAGUCACCCUUUGCCUAGAAUUUUCAGAAAUGUACUCCUGACAUUUUCUCAACCAACUUCUUGAGGUAUCACCCUGGGAUGCUUUUUAAACAGUAUUGGAGGAGUUUCCAUCUAUGUUGGGCACUUAUUGGCUGCUUUUCUUUAUUAUUUGGUCCAAGUCAUCAAUUUCAAAAACUUUUUUUUUAUUAUUUAUUACAUUUUAGAUUUAUGAUUAAAUUAAUAUGGCGGCACAAUUAUAUUUUUGUCUACAAAACUAAUUUCAAACAUUUAAGCAUAUGCCUUCAGAUCAAAAGAUUUUUAAGAUCAUGAGAAAUAUUUCGGUCAAGUGUUUCAAAACUUUUGACCGGUAGUGUAUAUUUAUUUAUAUAUAUAUAUAUACAG